AGUCGCCGCCGUUACGUAUUACGGCGGCGACGCUGACGUACGAUCCCGCGGCCAGUGCGGCGUCUGACGUCAUCGUCGGCGUCUAUGGCAGACGCAUCCUCGAAACAGCAGUCGCCCAGCUACGACCUGUUCUUUCCCUCUCGUACUGCUGAGGAGCAGCUGCUGGGAUGCCAAAGAAGUUCCAGGGCGAGAACUCCAAGGCGGUCACAGCCAGAGCCCGCAAGGCCGAGGCCAAGGCAGUGGCAGACGCCCGCAAGAAGAAGGAAGAGGAGGAUGCUUUGUGGCAGGAAACGGACAAACAUGUACUGAAAAAAGAGCAGAGAAAGGAUGACAAGGAGAAGAAGAGGAUGGAACUCCUGGAGAGGAAAAAGGAAAACCAGCGUCUUCUGGAUGAGGAGAGUGCCAGGAUUAAAGGCAAAGCCUUAAGGGAGGCUGCAGCCGGAGGGAAAAUGACUCGUGCCCAGAUUGAGGAGACUCUUCUGAACGAGGAGCAGGACCAGCAGCUCGACCCGAAAGAAAAGAACCACCUGGAGACUCCACUAGAGGAGAACGUGAACAGAAUUAUCCCAGAAGAAGGAACAGAGGAAGCCAGAACAAUAGAAGAUGCCAUCGCAGUGCUUAGCACGGGGCCUGAGGACCUGGACCGCCACCCAGAGCGGAGGCUGAAAGCAGCGUUUCUCGCCUAUGAGGAGGCCAACAUGUCCCGCCUAAAAAAUGAGAACCCCAACAUGAGAUUGUCGCAGCUGAAGCAACAGUUGAAGAAGGAGUGGAUGAAGGCACCAGAGAAUCCCCUGAACCAGCGCUUUUCCACGUACAACUCAAAGUGAAUGCACUCCUUCCGCCGGUAAUGCCAUUUGAAAACUGCACAUCGGAGAGUUUCAUUUAAAAAACGAGUGCUGCUGACGAGAACAUCGGCACUUCCUGCUCAGAAACAGUAUCUCCGGCACCAGAGGACUCUUCUUUGUUGUUCCACUCACUUGCAAGGAGACGCUCACCCCCCACCUCAUCAACGUCACAACUGAUCAUCGUGUGUGUGUGUGCACGUGGCCCUUUAAUGAGGAAUCUCAGCAUCUAAUAAAUUUAAUUUCAUCUCUUUUUUUUUUAAAGCACUUCUGGGAAGCUGGGGAAGAUGUCUUCAGAGUAACUUAUUAAAGUUCACCAUUCAAAUAAUCAA